UCAUUCAGUCUGAUGUGCGUCUAAACAGAAGUGAAUUAUAGUUAGUUCAUGUUGUAAUAAAAAACAAUAGCUUUGGAUUCUGGACACUCAAAGUGUGGAAAAAUGAGUUACUCUAGCGAUGAAGUGAACUUUCUUGUAUAUCGCUACCUACAGGAAUCAGGUUUCCAUCACUCUGCAUACACAUUUGGUAUUGAGUCACAUAUAUCACAAAGUAAUAUCAAUGGUGCCUUAGUACCUCCUGCAGCUUUGUUGAGUAUCCUUCAAAAGGGUUUGGAAUACACUACAGCAGAAAUUACUUAUGGGGAAGAUGGCUCUGAAAUACGUCUCACUGAAAGCUUGAGCUUGAUUGAUGCCGUCAGUCCAGAGAUAAUUGCUGCGCGACAAAAUGCACAUAACACACAAAAACAAGCUAUUAGAGUAGAGCAGGGCACAGGAACUGAACAAAAUGGUGUUGAAGUCACGGCAUGUAACCCGCCAGCGGCAACUGGGGGCGCGGCGACUCCGAGUGCUCCUGAGAACAUGGAGGUUGAUCAGUCCAUAGAAAUACCAGCGAGCAAGGCUACAGUCCUCAGAGGCCAUGAGUCUGAGGUGUUUAUUUGUGCUUGGAACCCCAGUACUGAUCUGUUGGCAAGUGGCUCGGGUGACAGCACAGCCAGGAUCUGGGAUAUGUCUGACAAUCCUGCUACGACUCCUAAUCAGUUGGUACUCAGACACUGUAUCCAGAAAGGUGGGGCAGAGGUGCCCAGUAACAAAGAUGUCACUUCUUUGGACUGGAAUUGUGACGGUAACCUGCUAGCAACGGGAUCAUAUGACGGAUACGCCCGCAUCUGGACCACGGAUGGAACCUUGGCCUCCACAUUGGGUCAACACAAGGGACCUAUAUUUGCCCUGAAAUGGAAUAAACGCGGGAACUACAUUCUGAGUGCAGGGGUAGACAAGACGACCAUAAUAUGGGAUGCUGCGUCAGGGCAGUGCACUCAGCAGUUUUCCUUCCAUUCUGCUCCGGCGCUGGAUGUGGACUGGCAAACGAACACAUCCUUUGCAUCUUGUUCUACAGAUCAGUGCAUCCAUGUGUGCAGACUCCAUGUUGAUAAGCCUAUUAAAAGUUUCCAGGGACAUACUAAUGAAGUCAACGCCAUAAAGUGGGAUCCACAAGGACAGUUACUGGCUUCCUGUUCCGACGACAUGACUUUGAAGAUCUGGUCCAUGAAACAAGAUACAUGUGUUCAUGACUUACAAGCUCAUUCGAAAGAAAUUUAUACCAUCAAGUGGUCUCCUACCGGUCCGGGAACACAGAAUCCAAAUAUGAAUCUUAUUUUGGCCAGUGCCUCUUUCGAUUCCACUGUACGUUUGUGGGAUGUCGAAAGGGGCGUGUGUAUACACACUUUAACAAAGCACACAGAACCGGUUUACAGUGUGGCCUUUUCGCCCGAUGGCAAGUUUCUGGCCAGUGGUUCUUUUGACAAGUGUGUGCAUAUUUGGUCGACACAGACCGGUGGGCUGGUACACUCGUACAAGGGCACAGGUGGCAUAUUCGAGGUGUGCUGGAACUCGCGAGGCACCAAAGUCGGCGCUAGUGCUAGUGACGGCAGCGUGUUCGUCUUAGAUUUACGUAAGCUAUAAGGAACAACCCUCAGGUCUCGUUCCACUUGACGGUCGCGUCACUCUCGGCGGCGCACGCGGCAUUAAGCAAUUGGUUUCGGGUGGUUUAAAAGAGGAAUGG